AAAAAAAUAGGUCAAUGUAAGAAAGUUUUACUUCUACUUCAUUUGACAUCGAUCUUGUAGAUAUAUAAAGUCAAAUAUGUCCUUGAAUCUUCGGCGUUUUGAUCCAAUGGUUCCUCAACUAAUCUGAUUAAAAAGGUCUCCUCGUGUCUCAACCAUCGUCGAAUUGUCCGAAACCGAGACGAUCAUCGUGUUCUUAAACCCUAAGAUCUGACCGGUAACUCUCUCCACCUCUCUCAGAUUGUAUAGUUAUGGCUCUAAAAGAGAUGGGAAGUGAAGAGGGGAAGGAUCCAUGGAAAGGAGAAGAAUGGGGGAAUGAGAAUCAGACGAAGAAGAAGCCAAGCUCUGGAGCUAAAAUGGUGACUAGAGCCAGAAAACAGAUCCCCAGGGGACUUGAGGAGAAGUACGAAGCUUACUUCCUCCCUAGGAAGCCUUGGCCUAAGGCUCUUGCCUUCUAUGGAAGCUUUGUCCUUGGUGGCAUCGGUGCUGGUAUGCUUAUCGAGGCUUGGAUCAACAACAAAGUCAAAGAGGAUGGAGGAGUGAUAUGGGAGUUUGACAAGUGAAGUCUAGAAAAGAUUGAAAAUUGUAAGAGGAGAAUGCAUUUCAAUUAUGAAGUAACACUUUUGAGGACUUUUGUGUACAUGCAUAUCACUCUUUUCUUUCAAUAGCUUUUUUUGUAUUUUGUAGUUUUAGUUCAAUUGUCAAUGUAAUAAUGGUAGAAGUUUGAUUCCACUCUUUCAACGCUCCUGCUUGCUUUUGCACCUCAAGAAUAUUUUGGGUCUUUGAUAAAUUCGUCUGAGCAUCUCUUCUGCCAAACCCUUUGGUUCCUCCAAUAUAUGCUUCUGUCGACAAAGGGUCACUUCAUUAGUCAAGCAUGUUCUCUUGAGAUGACUCAUUUACUAAGCCACUCCUUAUAAGUUUUGAUAAACUCUGUAUGA